GCAUUUGGCCUGUCAAAAGGGCAUUCCAUCGUCUAGUAAAGGCAUUGAUUACGAAGUACUGAAGACCUGGUGUUUUUAGUGCUCGGUCAUACGAAUUCAAGGAUCCUGGUGUGGCUUCCGCAAUACCAUGAGUUUUCUGUUGUUCCCCACCUCAAGCUCAGUCACCUCCGUGCGCUGGCACAGGAUUGUAUCUCCUGGUCGCGUGCCAAAUCAUUGGAAACGUCACGUCUUCUUUGGUUUUUCGACCUUCAAACAUAUUCAUACCUCCGUCUUACCGACACCUCCAAAAUUUGCUGCGCUCCGAAACCCACGAGAUAACGAGGAAGCAACAUCAUGGUUGCACGCCUUUAAAGUCGCAUCGAUUCCUAGGCAGUUGGUAGAAAUAUCAUUUUCCAGAAGCUCUGGUCCGGGUGGUCAGAAUGUAAAUAAAGUGGAAACGAAAGCUACGGUACGAUGCUCCAUUGAAGCUGAAUGGAUACCCCUAUGGGCAAUAGACGCUUUAAAGAAAAAUGUACGACCCCACUACGUUACUUCCACCAAGUCCUUAUUAAUUUCGUCGACAGUUUUUCGUUCCCAGCCGCAAAAUUUGCAAGACUGUCUUAUGAAGCUUCACAAUCUAAUCAUUUCUACAGCGGCGGCAUCAAUCACAAAUUCACCAUCAAUACAACAAAAAGAGCGAGUUCGGAAUCUACAGAAAGCUGACGAUGCAAGGCGGAGGGUUCAAAAAGACAAACGAAGUCAAUUGAAGAAAGGGCGGUCUAGUAAAGGCUGGAGUGACUGA